ACUCAUAAAGCGUUUUGAUAAUAAGUUGCUACAUUUUCAGGGCCACUUGCGGGCUAUAGUCGGGCUGCCAGGUGUUGAAAAGGGAUCAGCAGAGGCGUUGCGUGAGUUGAGUGACAAAAUUAACUCUCAUCUUCGGGCGCUUAGCACCAUGUCAACAACUGAGGAGCUGGCUGACGGAUUACUCAUACACACAAUAUCGCACAAGCUUGAUCACCACACCCAGGAAAAGUGGCAGGAGGCGCUUGCAACGGAUAAGCUACCCAGGUGGACGGAUAUGUCGGCGUUCUUAGAGAAGAGAUGCCGCAUGAUGGAAAACUUGAAAGGCGCUACGGCACCUACGCCUAGCCACCAGAAAACCCGAAUGACUUGGAGAUACUCACGCCUGGGCACUUCAUCUGGGUCAAAGCCAAUGCGAGCCAGACAUAACUCACCUAAGCAUAGGUCGCCUCAGCCGUUGGCAGCGAAUAUGUCACAUGCAGCAAUCAUUUUGGAAGAAAUGGAGUACAUCGUAUUUGUCGUUGCUCCAAGAGCGCGGGAAAUGGCGAUCGUCCAAGCCAAAUCUUCAGGCCGGCAGCAUCGAGCUGCUCAAGGAGGACAAUGCACCACUCAGGUGGCCGCUUGGUCGAGUCGACAGCGUCAUCACGGGUGA